AAAAGUAACCACUUAGUUGAGAAAAAAGAAAGAAGGGCCCACAAGACGCCCAAGCCCAAGAAAUGCUCUCACAAAAAGGCUUUCAUUUCCAUGGUUAAAAUAAAAUGUAAUAAUAAAAUAUUAGGGGAAGGAAGAUGAGAGUUGAAAAGCUCCCAUUUUCACAUCAAAUUCACAUUCACACCCUCUUUCCUUUCUUUUAAAACGACACAAAGAGCUGUAAAACAAUAACACGCACGACUUUAAACGCCACAACACAACUCCUUUUUUUUUUAAUUUUUGUUUAUUUAUUUAUUUUUUAUUUUGUAGUUAUGGCCUUUGCCGCUCUCGGCUUUCCCCACCAUGACCACCACAACCACAACCAUUAUCAACUCCUUCUUCAUCUUCUUCCUCAUCCUUCUCUACCACCUUUACAGCAAUCUCAAACACCCUUUUUAUUCUCUUUUGACUCGUCUUAAGUAAAAUUUAAAAAUUAAAAAGUAAAGUUCGACUAACCAACUACUCUUCAUAAAACCAUUUGGCCUUUCCUCUCGAUCUUCUUUAGUUUUAUCGUUAAUUCUUUCAUAUGGGUUAUCUUUCCUGUAAUGCGGAGUCCGCCGUAGCCACCUGCGAUACAUACAACUGGCCUGAACUAAAAAACAAAGCUAAUAAGAUACGUAGAAGACCCAAUAAGCAACUUAUUAAGAAGAUCAGAGAGUUUUCUUACGACGAGCUCGCCGCUGCCACCGACGGUUUCUCCGCUGAGAGCUUUCUCGGCAAAGGCAGCCAUGGAAGCGUCCAUAGAGCCGUCCUCGACGAUGGGAAACUUAUUGCCGCCGUUAAGAAGACGAAACAGCCCUCCAACUCCACGCCGACUACUCUGCACCACUUCAAGUUCAACGCCGCCUCCUGCCCCGGAAAUUGUACAACCCCGGCGGAGAACGAGAUCGAAAUACUCUCGAGGGUUCAGCAUCCAAGGCUGGUGAAUCUCCUCGGGUUUUGUACUGACUCCAUGGAUAGGAAACUGAUCGUGGUCGAGUACAUGCCUAACGGGUCUUUAUACGAUCUGUUACACUCAGGAUCUUCGAGACCUCCGGGUUGGACCCGACGGGUAAGAUUCGGGUACCAGGUCGCGAAGGCGGUUCACGCGCUUCACACGUCGAACCCGCCUGUAAUCCACCGGGAUAUAAAAUCUUCCAACGUUCUGAUCGACCAUGACGGGGACGCCAGGCUGGGCGAUUUCGGACUCUCCUUGAGGGGACACGUGGAGGACGUUCUAGUGCAGUGCACUCCUCCAGCGGGAACAUUGGGUUACCUCGACCCGGGCUAUCUUGCUCCGGGUGAUCUAACGGCCAAGAGCGACGUCUUCAGCUUUGGAAUUCUCCUACUCGAGAUCAUCAGCGGGAGGAACGCUAUCGACGUUAAUUACAGCCCUCCUUCGAUCGUUGACUGGGCUGUUCCCGUAAUAAAGCGCGGCGACUACGCUGGAAUCUGCGACCGAAGAAUCGGUCCCCCAGCUAACCCAGCCCUGAUCCGACAACUGGCUGUUCUAGCGGCGAGGUGUGUUCGGUCAACGGCGGAGAAGCGUCCGUCGAUGGUUGAGGUGGUGGAGUGCCUGAAGGUGGUCAGGAAAAGGGCUCACGCACCGCCUAUAUGGAACAACUUCAGGCAGCGAGUGAAAUGCGUGGAGAACAAAGAGCCAUUGCUUUGCCACCGGGAAGUUUACGACGUGAGCGAAAUAGACGUGUUAAAGGUCCUAGAAACGGCGGCGGCAGGGCAAGGAGUUAGCCGUAGAGACAGGAAAAUAUCCAGUGGUACGGCUUCGGGCGCACAGAGUGGGAAUGGAACUACUUUCUCUUAUUCUAAUAAUAUUAAUGGUAGUCGUGGUACUGCUUCGACUACUACUAUUACUAAAGUUGAACGAGUGGUGCGGUCAAAGUCAAUCGGGUCCGUAAACGAAAUUGAAGUGGGACUGGGGCCUGAACCCGAAACGAGCAAUUCUGGUCCGAGUGCUGGAGGAAGAAGGUCAGGGGUGACGGUUAAGAUGGCUCCGGCGGUGGUGCGGCUGAGUAAGUCUAGGUCUCUUGGAGGAUCGCGUAGUAAUAGUCAGGAACAGCAGCAGCAACAGAGGGUUGUGGUGCAGAGGUAUGUGUUGGAGUUUGAGCGGGACCCAUCUUGUUCGUCUACGGAAUUUGAUAUGUCCAAGUUGGUUAUUAGUUUAGAUGACAAUUCUGACAGGAAAAUGCUCUAGAAACCACUGGUUACUCCACCUCCUCCUCCUCAUCUAGCUAAUUAAUUAAUUAAUACUAUGUUACUUUUUCUUUUUCUUUUCUUUUUAAAUUAUAAUAAUUAAAAGAGUUGUUCAUUAUUUGAUAAUUGGGGAUAAAACCAAAAAUAGUUACCUAAUCAUGAAUAUGAUAGAUGGGUCGUGAUCAUCAUGUGUUAAUCAUAUAUUCAUAUAUUGACUCAUCUUUCAGGUUGGUUGACUGAAAAAAAAACGGAGCUGUAGAGAAUUGAAUCAUGGUUUCUUUCUUUUUUUCGUUUUUUCACGAUAAAUAUAGCCUUUUCUUC